GUUUACGUCCAUUCAUUUUUUGGGCAGGCCAACGAGAAGAGGAAAGUCCACUCCAGUCCGACGGCACCAGUGUCUUUGCGAAUGGCUGGCUUCUCUCGCUUUGUUGCUUAUUUUAAAAAUGUUAGCCUGCAAUCCUGCUUGAGCGCGCAACUACAUGUGCCACACUGUACGAGCCGGACUGGAAUCAGUUUGUAGGCGGUGAGUUUUCCAGAGUUCAACCCCGGCGCACUCGUUGCUCUUUCCCUCUCAAACUCCUGGGGCUAUCGUUCGCUGUGCGCAGCGGGAGAAGCAUCAGUGGAGUAUCGAGUGUGGAGCGACUACCGGAUUUACCUCGAAACAAACGUUGCCCUGUGUUCCACGUCUCGCCAUUGGAUAGACCAUGACGACUCUGCUACAGACGAGUGACUUGCCCGAGGUCAAGUCGCUGCUUGAGCGUGUGCUGGAUGUAAAGAAGUCAUUAGGAAUGACUUCCCAGCUGCAUCGUCUUAUUCUGCUGGUCAAGCUGAAGCACCGGAAGCAGCAGCCCCAGCCCGCAUCCCAGCCGAGCAGAGCGGGCACGAGACAAUCGGAUUACUUUGCUAGAAGUCCCGCUGCUGGAGGUUCCAUGGACCCCAGUCGCAGAAAUAUAAUAGCUCAUUUUGAUGGUCACACGAAGCACUGGCGUGAUGGUCGUCGUGGCGAUACGCUGACCGGCAGCAUAGUUCACUAUCCGGACUAUGUGCUCUGCGUGUUGGAGUGCACAGGCGAAACCCUGCGCAUGGCAAUGGUGGACAUUCUGGAAGAUGAGAAGAAGCAGGAGUUCUGCACUGCAGCCAAAAUGCUCAGCUACGGCUCGGGAAUGAAAUGCCGUCUGUUCAAGGACUGGACGAGCCGUGUUAUGCCCAAGCUUCAGACCAAUGUCAUGGAGGACAUCUCGGAGGAUCCACUGUCACGCACACUACCUAUGCUGAUUGAAUGCUGCCUAAAGUUGACCACUACAUUGGCUACGUUCUCCAAGGUGGACUUGUCUCAGCACGUGGAUCGGCUACGCGAGAACUUCUCCCAUCUGAUGAUCCCCAAAGAGCAUUUUGAUUAUCUGAUCUCUGAAGAUGGCAUCAGCUCAAUAGCACAGUUUCUGGAGCGGUACAGGAGUAGACAUGAGAUUCCGGACGAGAAUGAGCAAACGUGGCCGGUUCCCGCUCUGAUCAGGCCUCCCCAGAAGAACGCUCACUAAUGUCACUGUAAGUCACUGACGACUAGCCAUACCCGGUGGUCCCAGACUGGCAAUUUCCCCAAGUCGUUGCACACACCAGCAUACGUGUACAUGCAUCAUUGACUGUGUUGGCAAAUUGGCAUGUAUAUGUACAUGACCUGAAGCAGCCACGGACGUGACAACAAUAUUGACGGAGGAUGAGGAUCGGCAGACCACGGACGAUGAGGGUACUGGCAGUGAUGGAGAGCAGGACGAGGAUGUUGAGGCCAACAGUGGACAGAUGCAAGGUGUAUUGGAAGCUGUUUUCAUUCGCAAACAUAACCCCAACCUAUGCAUCCAGAAAGAAAAUGUCACUAAACUUAGACUUUUCUCUUAGCAUUCACACACACGCACAUACAAGCACCUACAUACCCAUGCGCGUACACUUCAUCCUCUCUGAGUCUCACAUUGUUAUUAUUUCUCACCUCCCCACCUCUGUACUUAGUUUCACACUUCACCUUCUUUUUCUCCUAUUUUCUUUCACAUACUGCAUUUCGUACUCUUCCACGUAUAUAUCGUUGUUCAUUCCUAGAUUUCAGUAUUGAGACGUAUUUCCCCUGAUGAAUGUCUCUAGAAAACGUGUUCGGAAACUUUUUAUCCAACUUUUUCUAUCCAUCUUUUAUUUUUGUUCAUGACUACGUCCAAUGUCCGCUUCGCUGAUUCUGCUUAUUGCCUUAUUAAAGUUAUUGUCUUCGCGCCGCAUAGCAUCAUUCACUGUGUGGUGUAGGAGAGAACUAAAUUGCACAGCCUAUCACACCAGCCUGUCAGCCAAGCAUAGCUGCUGCUGCUGCUCUAUACACUAGUCUAGCAUCCUGCAUUGCAUCCAUGUGCUUGUACCUGAGCCAACACUGUUUUUUUUAAAUAUUUUUUUCACAUGAUCCUUGAGCACAUGUAAUUGAUUGUCAUCUGUAGAUUUUUGAUAUGCGCGUCUAAUUGAUCUACAUCAUGUUUAUAGAUGGUUAUCUUCAUGAACAUGUUUUAGGAAUGGAUGAUGAGGUGUAAGAUGUACACUGAGGCACUUA